CUGGCCGCCCUCUCGAUGGUGCUGCUCUUCCGUUCGCAGCACCAGGCGCGGCGAGCCGAACGCAGCGCGAUCGCUAUUGGUCGCCCCGCCCCUCUGGAACAAGCCCCGCCCCUCGCGGUCAGACCACACCCCCAUGUGCAGGCCCCGCCUGUUGGGGGUCUCCCAGGCCGUGGGCAGUGGGUGUGUGGCAUCAGCGUGGCCGCACUGCACACUACUGCCCCGUGGGGCUCUGAGCCCCCUACCCUACCUCAGCUGCUCACAGGGGAGGCCCCAUGCAGCUCCAGCCCGGCCCCCAGCUCUGUGCCUCCUGACCUCCUGUGCCGUGACCUCGUGCCCGCUCGGCUGUGCCUGGCCACGCCACUUCCCAGCAUGGGGCCCUGCUGUGCCAUGGCUGCCCCACGCAUCCUCCUGCUCCUCACCCUGCUCCUCUCCACGCCGUGGGGACAGGGGCAGCGGCCGCCACCUCUCCGCAGCCCUCUGAAGGAAGUGGUGACUGAGGGGAACUUCAGCCUCAGAGAGCUGGUGGGGAGGUGGUUCCUGGUCGGCAUGGCGUCCCGCUGCAGCUACCUGGCAGAGAACAGCCACCGGCUGGAGGCCACAGUGAUGACAGUGGCUGUCCCAGAUGGGCAGAGCCUGGCCAUCAGCACCUUCAGGAAGCUGGAUGGGCAGUGCUGGGAGAUCAGGCAGCGCUAUAUCCCUGCAGGGGCCCAUGGACGCUUCUCUGUGAGAGUGUCCUCCACAGGCCGUGGCUACAACAGCAAGAUGGAGGUGAUGGUGGGAGAGACGGACCCACGCAGCUAUGCCAUCAUCUACUACCAGGACAGCCAAGGCCUCUCUGUCAAGCUCUACGGCCGCAGCAGCCAGCUCAGCGAUGCCGUGGUGGACAAGUUCGAGCAGCGUGCCAGGGCCGUGGGCCUGAGCGAGGACGUGACCCACUACUUCCCCACAUACGGGUUCUGCGACUCUGCAGACGAUCUCCACAUCCUCAACGAAACGGAGCCGUAGAUGGAGGCAAUGUUGCCAGGAUGCGCCCAGUACAGAUCUCUCACCUCAUGCAGCUGCCCAUGGACACGACCAUGCAGGGACGAGCUGGGGCUUGGCCAGACCCCACUGCUGCUCUGCAGUGCUGGAGCACAUCCUGGGCUCCCCUGUUCCUCCAGCCUGGCUGUAUCACCCCAUGGAUUUAUGCCCUUUGCCCCAUGCCCUGCAGCAGCCAGUGACACCCCAAUAAACACAAGGAAAACCUCUGA